UAGAAGUUGGUGUCGGAAACCAUAUCGUGCGGACCAGGAACUGAAGUGUUGGUAAACAAAGGAGAGUCUGUAACUUAAAGAUUGGAAAGGGAGAGUUUAUUGUGAUCAGAGACGAAACUGUCGGCGUAUUUAACAGGCUGUACGAUUCGAAUCCGUUAAAUAACAUCUUAUAUCCAGUUUACUAAUGGAGCGGUGUACAUUAGUGCUGGAGGUGUGAGAAGGCCCAGUGUGUGACUUGAGCCUAGAUGUUGGCUGCCAUCACCAGGCCACUAUCAUGGCAUGGGAGGGCAACAAGCUGACACUCAGACGCCUGGAGGCACCUGUACAAAAGUUUGUUAAAGUGGCUCUGCCCACAGACCUGGAAAGACUGCAGAAACACCACAACAAUAUACUGAAGUUUCAACGUGGUCAAGAAUGGGAACGCCUCCACCAAGAGCAUAUCAAUGCCAGCAGAACUGUACAGCAGCUCAGGGCCAACCUCAGGGAGAUGGAGAAGCUGUGUGGGCGUGUCCGCCCUGAGGAUGGCCCCGCCCUGCAGCAGUUGGUCACGCCCAUCAGAGAGCGAGCACUUGCCGCGGCUCAAGACUUCCUCCUUCUACACUCUAACCCCGCCCCCUGCCCCCGUUGGUCUGACCCAUCGUCCACCGGCCACCCCGUAGACCAGGAGGGUGACGAGCCCCCGCCCCUCUGCCAGGCUCAGCUCCGCCUCCCGGAGAUCCCUGCCAAGCAGAACGCUGCAGAGUCCUGGGACAGCCUGGAGGAGGACCUGAAGGAUCUCAGCGGCCUGGUGACGGAGUUCUCCCUGCUGGUCCAUUCCCAGCAGGAGAAGAUUGACAGCAUAGAAGACAACGUCAACACAGCAGCUGCCAACGUGGUGGAGGGGACCAGGAGCCUGGGGAAGGCGGUGGGCUACAAGUUGGCCGUGCUGCCCAUGGCAGGGGCCAUUCUGGGUGGGGUGCUUGGGGGUCCCAUCGGCCUGCUGGCGGGGUUCAAAGCCGCCGGGAUUGCGGCGGCCCUGGGGGGCGGCGCGCUGGGCUUCGCUGGGGGGAGCCUGGUCCAGAAGCAGCGCAAAGCCACGGUGGAGCUGCAGAUGAAGCGGCUGAACGCGCCGCCUGACCACAAGCCCCCCGAGAAGAGCGACUGAAGAGACAGUUCUACAGCGGGGUCGGGACACCCGCUCCUCUGUUGGCGACAACAGGGGACGGCUGUCUCAUGAGUCACACUACAGCAUGCGGUUGCUGUGCCUUGGAAAGCAGAGUGGAAGUCAUGGCACUAUCAACACUAACUUGAAUGUUUUCUAUCGUUUUUCUGGAAAGCUUUAGUUAUUCAAUCAUGCAAUAUAUACUUGUAUUCUUCAAGAUUGAUUCCCUACCUCUUCUGUGAAAUGCUGUCCUACUUUAAACAUCACAACUAUAGCACUACUUUCAUAUACGGAUGAGAUUUGAAUAUGUAAAUUAAUAACUGUAUAAAAGUGCCUAACGAGAUCACGUAAUUGAUCCAAACAUGCCAUUAUAAUGCUGCCCUUUAAUUGCCAAAUUAAAAUGGAUAUUUUCCACCUUCUUGACCCUCAGCAUAAACCCAGUCACUGUAUGAUUAAGUAGACACAAAAAUAAGAAGUCGGACAACAAACUAUCUUGUAAAAUGGUUUUAAUUUAAUCUUUUCAAGUCGGCUACUCUCAUGAUGUGAUGACUUGAUUUUUAAAAAUGUUGCUCACCGUCCCCCAUUUCCCCCAACGCACCCUUUGUUUACAUCAACAUGCAGGCUGCCGUGGGCCUGUUGGAAAAAAAUAAUAAAAAGAAGGCAAAGGUGCACAGCAUCGAACUAACAACUUUGUCCCAAUGCCUCGAGUUACCCUACAACACAGCCCAUUGAAACGGGCCUGGAUCUUGCAAACGGUGUGGGGGCAAUCAAAUGAGGAGCCUUCUAUGAAGAAAUAAGAAUCAAAUCCUCCCAGGCUGCAGACCUUGUGCUCCCAUCAGGAAGCUGUCUGGUAGCUGGGGUCAAACAUGAGAGAGGGGGAAGCCCUUCUCAGCAAAGACGGGUUAAACCAGACAUUGCAAUAAUUCAGGGCCAUGUUUCAGAACUUCAAGGGAAACACGACCCCAUCCAUAACCAUUUAGUACCAUUCAGGGUGAGUGCCAACAGGCCGCCCCAGCUUAUUUUAUUGGGGUCACAGGUCUUUUAUUAUCUUGUCAAAUUAUCUACGGUGUUAAGAGGCCGAUAUGCACGAGAACUCACAGAGAAGUCGCUACUUCAAACUAACAUGUUAUUGUACAUUGCGCUACACAAAUGGAUUUGGGUAGAAAUCUGAAGCCAAGGACACACUGUACUGACUGUACUGGAAAACCCACAGAACUGAACCAGAGACCUGGAGUGAGGGAGCCCACCUUGGUUUGUUUUUUUUACAAACAACAAAAAUAAAAUAAAGAAAACUCUGCGUUUAAUUUAGACCAUGAUGACAGACACGCCGACGUAGCACACACAUAUUUACAAGCGCCAAAAAAAAAGUAAAAACACAUUUUUGAUGUCCUAAGCCCGCCUUAACAUCGCCCUCCCAAAUAAAAAUUGUACGUGUAAGAGUUAUGAAAAUAUAGGUCAUCCCAACACAGCUGUGUCUUGGACUGCACUCCUCCAUCUCCUCCUAUUUCUUCAGUAAGGGUAUUGGUGUUGCUGUUGUGUCCCGCUGGCCUGUCCCGACCCCCUCCGACUCCUCCCCUCCCCUCCCUGGCCCCGGGGCGCGGCGUGGAGUCUAGAGAUCAGUGUGAUGCGCUGGGUGGAGGUCACAGCUCAUCGCGGUCCCUGCUUAGGAUGGUGUAGCGGGUUUCGCUGGGGGCCAGCUUCUGGAAGGAGCUCUCUGGGGGGUUGCUGGCCACCAUUUCUAUCAUGUCCUCCUGGAUCAAAAACACACACACAGACACACUUGGCUUAGCGCCAAUGGGGCAAUGCGGCAGCGGGGUUGUUUAAGUAGCCGGUGGUCCCUGUUGGGGGUCUCACCUGUCCUGGCGUGCUGUCUGUGGGGUCAGGUCCGUGGUGGAACUCUCGAUGUAGCUUCCCAGAGUGGAGGUCCAGCACAAACUGUCUCAGCUUGCCAUGGAUCCUGAAUUUGACACGCAGAAAGCACUAUCAUAUUAGCUGUCUGCCUCGCGGCUACAUCCCUGGCACAUUCCCACACACACAGGGAAAGGGCGGCAAUUCUGGACCCCAGCGUUGAAAUAAAACAAUAUUACUGUGGACAAGCAAUAUGAGACAUUAAUCUCCCGGGACGGGUCCCGUGGCAACAUUAAUCCACAUUAACACAACGCUUUGAAGUGUGCUUUAUUAAUGAUGGAAGGCUGUGUGACAAUAGCCUGGUAGAACAGGAAAACCCAACAAUUAAAGCUAGCUGUGUGUCAGAACAGCGCCCAACACAAGGCUUUUGUAUAUACAUACACACGCACCAUACGUUGCACUAAUGUCAUUAC